UCUGCUGCGCGGGCCGGCUGGGCUGCUAGGCUGUCAUCGCCCUAAGCAAGCCUAUGGAGGCUGCUGCAGCUGGAGGACGUAGGUACAACUUCUCCAAGACAUCUUACGACUGAGGAUGCUCCUUUCGCUCUCUUGCUCGGCUUGGGUGUCGUGGAGAGAAGGUGCGACUGCCACAUAUGGAGAUGUUACUGCCUUACCUAAGCAUUUUACAUCCUCGUUGUCUUCUCGGUUUAUCUCUUCCAAUCCGUCAAUCAUUCGAGCCCCUUUCCGUUGAGCCAGUUCAAGGGAUUGCGUCACCCCAAUCAACUAAUUCUGUAUCCGAUCCUUUUGAUAGCGAUGAUGAAAUCCUGACGAGACGUGAGUUCAUCUUCGAUCCCCGAAACAGUGUCAAUCUCCAGUCAGCGUUUUUGCGAACUCCUCGAUCACUCGCCUUUUUGUUUCCUGAAAUCUCGUUCCCGUCUUUGCCUACGCCAGCCAGUCAUACCCUCGGAAAGAGGAAGCUUGCCACCGUUGAGCACGAGGAUCAGGGCGAUGAAGCCAAUGAAGACGACGGAGACUCGUUACUGAGUAAAUCUCCAAACCAGUCCCAAGGUCACCCUGUCACUGCUUCUUCGACUGCAGCAAAAAUGCGGAAAGGUCCACGUGAGCGGAGAUGGGAGUCACUCUUGCCAACCCUCAAGCUCCAAACCCGCUACCCGGCAUCAAAGUCACUGGCCCUCGAAGAUCCUUUCGAUUUCGUUUACAGCCUGCCUGCAAUCCCUGGCCAGGACUGCACCUCUGACGUGGUCAAGCACCACUCCAAAUUGUUAUCGGACAUGGCCUCUUGGGAGCUCCGGGCAUUGAAAUUUGGCGAGUCGACUCCCAAAAUAUUUUUGCGCGUGAGCACCAAAGACUUCAAGCAACGUGAAGCCUUGUCGUUGUGCGCCAAGCUCAUCGACGCGAAAAAGGUUUCGUGGAACCCGGCAGAGCUGGAGGCUCCUCGAGUCCGCAAACCUUCGAGUUUGAUUACUUCGCUGGCAAAGGCCGCGCAGUAUAGCCUUUUUCCUGACAAGCCUUUUCGGAUUGCCAACCCAGCUUUAACUCAAACAGCAGGCGCCUGGUCCUGGAUUGUUGCGUUGCCGUGCGUUGAUGCAGAAACGUACGCGCUCAAAACCUUCAAAUGGAGGAUCGCAGUCAAGAAGCUUGACUCAUCUACAAAAGUCUGUUCAAGGGACAUGGGUUGCACGGAGCCUAUUGGAGAUGCCGCCAUAAACACCUGGUUGACCACAAACAGCAUUCUUGAAGUGUGGGGGGCUAUGGCAAGAGGCGCCGAUGCCGCCAACGCUCAAAUGACCCUUGGCCACGAACCUCCGAACGCUUGUCACUGCGUCGAUGAGGCAAAGUCGAAGACGGCAUAUGCAUGCGGUCAUUGUGGCAAAGAAACAAUGUGCGAGUUUGGCUACCGGGCCUGUCCGGCAUGUUGCGGCAUCGUAAUCGAGACAAGGACAAGCAAUCGCGCCAAGCUGCAUUUCCCGGAGCGGUUACAUUCACAUACAAGGACACUUGUCGAGGAGAUUGAUGUCCCUCUGAAAUAUGCAAAUGAGAAUCUUUACCUGGGUUUGAUGUCCGGCUGAAUCGUGAUGAGGAGGUGGACUACGAAGAGAAGGAGGAGGACGAGGACGAGGAUCAGGGGGUUCAAGAGGACGAGGGUUGGUUUGAAGAGGAAGAUGAUUAGUCUGAAGAGGACUGAUUGGCAAGAACUGGCGU